ACACACGGCGCCUCCCACACUCUUUGUCACCGGACCGCCCGGUACAGGUAAAACUGUGGUGCUGCUGCUGAUGGCCAUAGAGUGGCUGCGAUGUGGUCACCACGUCUACGUUGUCAGUACGUGGAUGGAGAGUCUAGCAGCGUGCACCAUGUUGUAUCACCUGUUGCUGCAGACAGUAAAGACACAACAGUCAGCAGGUGUAUCACCCGGUCAGCCUCACCUCCUGCAGUAUGACCUUGAUGGCGGUGUAGACGUAGAGAAGGCCGUCAACGAAUUGUCACAGGCGGCGAGCGGAGGGUCGUUGUACGUCAUCGCUGAUGAAGUAGGGAAUAACUACAGUCUUGACUACAGAAUCAGCAACUUCCAGACGUUGUGUGAGUUGCUGCUGAAACGGUUUCCUCGUCUCCAUCUGUGGGCGGCAAGUUGUUUCCAUGACUACGCACCAACCGGCUGGCAAGUGGAAUAUUUAACAAGACCCCUCCGCUCUCCUCCGACCGUCGUCAGGGAAGUCGAGCAGGACGGGAGGAUCACUAGAGACCGUCAGGUACUGCCGUACAGUGAACGAGGUGUGCCCGACCACACAGACGGCCCGCCAGUCACACGACUGUAUCACCCAGGUCAGGGUCACUCAGGUCGAAGACCAGGUGAAUGUGUCACGUGUGGUCGUGAGGUGGCCAGCUUCCUACACAGUCUCCGUGUUAGUGUUACAGGGAGAAGCACAACAACAUCUACAACAUUCACUUCUACCAGUGGCGGCACAACACCAACCUGUCUAAAGUGGAGAGACGUGCUGGUGUUGUACUGGGAUUAUGUUAGUGAUCAUUUGGGUGUGGUCACAGGACUGCAAAAAGCGGGUAUCCCAGUGCGAGUGAUGAAGGAUGAUGACAUCGACGACGUGGUCACGGCCCGCAGUGACGUGGUGUGGGUGGCGAGUGGACAUCGUGUUCGUGGUCUGGAGAGAAAAGUCGUCGUCUGCCUGGAGGACCCUGAUUACGAUAUAUUCAGAUCUAAGUCUUUACAACUGUACAACUUUAAUACUGCCCGACUUGACCUCAUGUCCCGCUGUACGUCACAACUUGUGAUUGUCUCCACUGACGACAAGCCGCUAGAAGGUGACUGACACUGACACUGACACUGACACACCUGUCACCUGCUGUAGUCGUGUGUCAGUCUCUUACACCAACAAUUGUCUUUUAGUGUUUGUCCUCUUCUACUCUCAGUCUGUCACUACGUCAUCACCUUAUGAUGUAAUAGAUAUGACAGAGUUUUAGAUGACGAUGUCUCUGUUUACAAAACAACAAGUGUCAACAGGUUUGUCUGUCUCAGAGGUGUGUGUGUUAAUGUGUCAUCAUAUCCGUCCGUCAGUCUACCAGUGUGAUAUCUGUGUCACUGUGUGUAUAAG